AGUUUGUGUCAGAAUUUCAGCGAGAGUUGUUGCAGCAAGCAAAAAAAAAUAGAAAAUAGAAAUUUUUCAUUAUUAUCUCGUGUUUUUUGAGAUAUUUUCCACCUUUUACAAUGUGGCGCAAAUCCCGCAAGUGCUUUCUUAUGUAACACCGCAGCAAUUUAGCUAAAUGUAGUGUGUAGUAAAUCGUUUUGCAAUCCAAAACAGCGAUAUCCUUUUUGUUCAGGGGUGCGGUUCGGAAUUUUUUUCAUAUAUACAAAAAUAUGCCCUUCCGGUCUUUUUCUGGAGAAAUUGUUCUUCCGGCAUAAGAAGCAACUGUUGAGUGUUUUAAAAGGAAAAAUACACAGCAGAGUGUUCAAAAAAUUGUUGAAGAAAAAAAAACGAGUGAAGAAGAGAAAUUGGUGUCAGUGUGGGGCGCUGAAAAGAUGAAUUUGGACGUAAACAAAUUGUGAGGAAUCCCUUUUCUCCAGAAUCAUGUCUCGCCUUGCAGAUUACUUCGUUAUCGUGGGCUAUGAUCAUGAGAAAGAACGAAGUGGCACACGAAGUGGAAAGAUUCUCCAGAGAUUCCCGGAAAAUGACUGGCACGACACACCAUUUAUUGAGGGAAUUGAGUGGUUUUGUCAACCACUGGGAUGGGCACUUUCCACAGAACGCCAGGAGCCACGAUUCUUCGUGUCCGUUCUCACGGACAUUGAUGCAAAUCGCCACUACUGUGCUUGCCUCUGCUUCAACGAGACCGUCUCGAUAACCCCCAAUAAGCCAAUUGACGAGGAGGAGGAGACACUAACACCCGGAAGGGCUCUCAUUCCACCAGUCCCCACUGUUACACAUCAUAGUAUUAUGUAUGCCCCGAAAUGCCUAGUCCUGGUGUCACGUCUCGACUACACGGAGACUUUUAGGAAUUGCCUGGGAACCAUCUACACGGUCUACAUUGAGAGCCUGGGCUUCCCAUUGGAGACUCUUAUUGGGAAUAUCCUCGGUUGCAUUCAGGUUCCACCUCCAGGAGGGCCCCAAGUGCGCUUCUCAAUCGGUGCUGGGGAUAAGCAGGCGCUGCAGCCACCGCUGUACGGCACCCUCCCUGUCACGGGCACCUCUGUGGAUUUUCUCUUCACACAGCUGGGCAUCCGGAAUGUCUUGUUGCUGUUUUGCGCCAUGAUGACGGAGCAUAAGAUUCUUUUUCACUCCAAGAGCUACUCACGACUCACAGACAGCUGUCGUGCACUCACAGCUCUCAUGUAUCCAUUCCGAUACAGUCACGUUUACAUUCCAAUUCUGCCCGCAUCGCUUAUCGAAGUGUUAUCAACGCCAACGCCAUUCAUAAUGGGAGUUCAUAGUUCAUUGCAGAGUGAGAUCACAGAUUUGCUGGAUAUUAUUAUUGCCGACAUCGAUGGUGGUUCCAUUCACAUACCCGAAUCUCUCGUGCCGCCCGUGUCCAAGUUGCCAAAUCAGCUGUGGGAGAUUACGCAGCUGGCACUGACGCUUGUGCUGCAGCCUGAACUCCAAACGGCUGAUUUGGCCUUCACCACGACGAAUCCCAUGACUGUCCUCAAUGGGGAUUUCAACUGUCGCGACGUCAAAGUCAAUCGAAUGAUGCGCGACAAGGAGAUCCGGGCGGUAUUCAUGCGGAUGUUUGCCCAACUCCUGCAGGGCUAUCGUUCCUGCCUCACAAUCAUCCGCAUCCACCCGAAACCGGUGAUAACGUUCCACAAAGCCGGGUUCCUGGGGGCGCGGGAUCUCAUUGAAUGUGACUUCCUGUCGCGUGUGCUCGAUAGUAUGUUCUUCACGGGCUUUGUUACGGAACGUGGGCCCCCGUGGCGUCCAUGUGAUGCAUGGGAUGAACUUUAUAGCUCAAUGAGUGACUUGUCAAGGGCUGAGCAGCAAAAUACUACGCACAUGUUGACGAAUAUUCAGGAAUUGGCACAAGUGCUGUACACGAAUGAGAAUCCCAACCCACAGACGUACACGCAGAAGGUGCUGAAGCCGCCCGAGGGGGCAUUUGCACGAAUUCAUCAGCCCCCAAUGCCGCUGAUUAAUUCCCAACAAGUCACGGCAAUUAUUCAGGAGGGAAUGGCAAAGAAUGAUCUCCAGUCGAGAUUCCACACACCACGACAAUCGCCACGAAUUGUCCCAAUGGGGCCACAUUUGCAGAGUAUCUCCGAUGGGCGUCCAGUGGUGAAUAACACAGCGAGGAGGUUGGAAGUGCUCAAAUCCUGUGUUACGUGUAUAUUUGAGAAUAAAAUUGCCGAAGCCCGGAAGAGUUUUCCGGCUGUUUUGAGGACACUCAAGCAGCGGGAUGCGAGGUUGACGCUUUGCAGGGAAUUGGCAAAGACAGUUCAGGGGAAUAAGGCAAUGUUGGAGCAUCAGCAAUUUGAUUUGGUGGUAAAAUUGAUGAAUAGAGCCCUUCAGGAUGAUUCAGUGAUGGAUGAACAUGGUGUGGCGGCGGCGCUUUUGCCCCUUUCGACGGUUUUCUGCAGGAAAUUGUGCACGGGGGUGAUUCAGUUCUCCUACACAUGCAUCCAAGAUCAUCCCGUGUGGAAGAAUCAACAAUUCUGGGAGGCAGCCUUCUACCAGGAUGUUCAGAUGCAAAUUAAGGCGCUCUACCUCACACGGAAUGCCGCCAGUGAAAAUUCCUACGGCACGUGGAAGACGGAGAAUGGGAAGAAGAGCCCCAGUGGGAGUCCGGAGUAUAGAUUGUCACGGAUUCAGGAACCAUCAGCAUUGGAGAUUGCAGCGGAACAGAUGCGAAUGUGGCCGAGUUAUGAGGGCACAAAGCAGGGAGAGUUGAUUAAAUCCGAGGAAUCCACAUUGUAUAGUCAGGCAAUUCACUAUGCCAAUCGGAUGGUGUCCCUCCUGAUACCGCCGGAUGUGAAUAUCGGGGGGAAGGUGCAGAAGCUCGAUGUGCACGGGGUGGAGGAUGAUACGAGUGUGUCGAAUAGUGUUGUGGAAUCCCAUAGUCACAGUGAGCACAGCGAUGAGGGCUUCGAGGAGAGUGAUACGGGGGAAUGUGGGAGUGCCGUGGCAAAGAUGGUUUGUCGCUUUAUUGAUCGUGUCUGCACCGAGGGGGGUGUCACGACGGAUCAUCUGAGGAAUUUGCACGCAAUGGUUCCGGGAGUUGUGCAUAUGCACAUUGAAAUGCUCGAAGCUGUCUACAGGGAGUCCAAACGCAUCCCCCCGGUGCAGAAGGCCAAAAUUCAUGCACCAAGCUUGCUUUCCGGCGAGGAGAUCAUGGCGGAACCAAUGAGAGUGUACCUCCUUGCAGAUGGAAGGGAGGACAAUGUAUCGGCCCUCUUGCCAGCUGAGGGGGCGCUCUUCCUCACAAAUUACCGUGUCGUGUUCAAGGGAUCCCCGUGCGAUCAACUCGCGUGCGAGCAGAGUAUCGUCCGGGCAUUCCCGGUGUCAUCGUUGACGAAGGAGAAGAGACUUUCAGUGCUGUACUUGCCACAUUUAGAUCAGAAUCUCCCAGAAGGGCUCCAAAUGCGUUCGUGUACGUUCCAAUUGAUAAAGAUUGCCUUCGAUGAGGAGGUCACGGUGGAGAGUAUUGAGAGUUUCCGGAAACUCCUUCAUCGUGUCCGGCAUCCGGAACAUGAAUUUGGGCGCUUUGCUUUUGCCUCGCAUGGGAUACACAUUCAAACGCCCCUGCAUAAGGUUAAGGAGAAGAAUGCCACACUUAAGGGAUUCGCCAAGAAGACCCUCAUGCGAACGGCCAAGAAGGCGGGCUUUAAACCCAAGGGGGGCACGAAGAGGAAGUACAUCCUGUCGGGAAUUGAUUCAGAGGAGAAUCAUGGGCAUGACAAUAAUGACGAUGAUGAUGCAUCGGAUGACAAUGCCGACACAAUGCCACGUGUUACAGCGAAGGAUGUGGAGCGUCUCAAGGAGAGGAGUUACGUCAAAGACUGGGAGAGGUUGUACCUCAAUGAUCCAAUGUCGGGGUAUCGCAUAACAACGGUUAAUUGCAACUACAGCCUCUGUCGUACAUAUCCGGCAAUUCUUGUCUCCCCCCAUCGCAUCACAGAUGAUCAGCUGCGUUGCAUUGCACGAUGCUACAAGAAUCAACGAAUCCCUGUGCCCACGUGGAGGCAUCGCAAUGGGGCCAUCCUGCUGCGGGGCUCAGUGCCGCACACAAAGGGUGUAAUGGGAAUGCUGAAAGCACAUCAAGGAUCAACGAAUGCAGCCACAGAUAGUACGGCAUUCCAGGAGCAGGAUCACUACUUUGUCACAGUGAUUGAUAAUUUGCCGCACAGUGUCACCCCGAUGCGGCAUCAUCAGUGGGAAAUGUCAAAUUCCAAUCUCUCCAUAAAUUCCCUCCUCCUAGCAGCGGAGGAUCAUCACUUUGGGGGCACACGGACGGACAAUUUGUCCACGCUAACGCCUGAAAUUGCCCGGAAAUCAACGUCAAAUGUCUUCCAGACGGCAAAAUCGAGUUUCGGGAACUUCAGUGGGCGUGCUGUGAAGAAUGUGAAUAAAUGGGGAAGCCUCAAGAGUGGCCCGAGUCAGCUACGCACACCUGAUGGGUUGCCUGAACGUGAAUCUCAUCAUCAGUACGAUUUCCAGCGUGUUCCGCUGUACAUGUUGGGUGAGAAGAGUCAAAGUAAAUCGGCGAGAUUGUCUGAAAUGUAUGCGGAAUUCAUUCCCGUUGACUACCCAGAUGUCCGGCACACGAGAUUAGCUUUUAAGAAACUCAUGCGAGCAUGCUUGCCAUCGUCCCCGAGUCAGGAGCCCGAAUUGAGUUUUGCCAAAUUACUCGAACAAUCGGAGUGGCUUCAUCAAAUCCGGGGGCUACUGCAGCUCUCCGGGGCUGUGGUGGAUCUCAUUGAUAUGCAGGGAUCAUCCGUAACACUUGCCCUUGAGGAUGGAUGGGAUGUAACGGCGCAGGUGUCAUCCCUCGCCCAGCUUUGCCUUGAUCCAUACUAUCGCACCGUUGAGGGUUUCCGGGUGCUAAUUGAGAAGGAAUGGCUGGCGUUUGGGCAUCGUUUUGGCCAUCGGAGCAACUUGAGGCCACACAGUAGCUCUGGAUCACCCUUUGCGCCGACUUUCCUCCAAUUUCUCGAUGCAGUGCACCAAAUUCAAACACAAUUCCCACUUGCAUUUGAAUUCAAUGACUUCUUCCUGCGCUUCCUGGCGUAUCACAGUGUCUCCUGUCGCUUCCGCACCUUCCUGUUUGACUGUGAACUUGAACGCUUCGAUCUUGGCAUUGCCACGGUGGAGGAUAAGCGAGGAUCCCUGAAUUCUCAUCACAAACAUGCCGUGGAGACGGGAACGGGAUCAGAUGAUGACAGCAUCUACCCGGGGGGAUUGAGGAAUUCCAGUUCGUCAACACAGAAAUUGGGGCAUUCGGUGUUUGAUUAUGUCGAGAGGCAGCAUGCCAAGUCGCCGAUCUUCUUCAAUUUCACCUACACCCCAGAUCCGGAUCGACAGGUACUCAGACCACAGAGUUCCGUGGCCAUGCUGGAGCUCUGGGGCUUCUAUGUGGACGAAGAGAUUGCCCAUGGGCCACCGUAUGAUCCCGAACUCGUGGGCAGUGAUGUGUUGGACGAGGAGAGUGAUUCGGGUGAAGGGAAGAAGCCCAAGAGGAAGGUGAUUAGUGUUGGGUACGAUAGUCUGGAUAAACUCGAUCCGGAUGCCUUCACGCGUCUCUUGGAUGAGCUGAAGCAGGCAGAAGCCGAAAGGGGAUUGCUACCGCAGAAAUGGCGUCAAGUUUGGGACAAAUUGGAGCUACCGCACUCGGAUUCCCUCACGAGGCAUGCAUCCUUCAGUAGUGCCCUCGUGAGAUCCCAUGGACGUCUCCAGCACAAGAGAUCAACUCUGGAGAUUCUCAUGCGAGGACGCCUUGCGGGGCAUCAUCAGGAGACCUUUUCGCAUCCACAUCGCUUUGAGAAGCACGCCUACACGACACCGUCGCACUGCAAUCACUGCGAUGGGCUCCUGUGGGGGCCAAUGAGGACGGAAUUGCGCUGCAUGGACUGCGGGAAUUCGUAUCAUGAGAAAUGCGCUGAGACGGUGCCGAAGAAUUGUACAAAGUACAAGGCAGUUGAGGGUGUUCAGCAGACACUGACACGCUCACAGGGUGACAAUGGGAGUAUCACAUCGAGUGCAACAGCUGGGCAGACGUCACUGCAGCACUUUUACGAUCAAUUUAGUAGCAAUGUGGCGGAGAAUAGGACGCACGAAGGUCAUUUGUACAAGAGGGGAGCCCUGCUGAAGAGCUGGAAGCAGAGAUGGUUCGUCCUGGACUCAAUAAAGCAUCAACUACGCUACUACGAUGCAAUGGAGGAUUCCAAUUGCAAGGGAUUCAUUGAUCUAGCAGAGGUACAAUCAGUUCAACCAGCUCCAUCAGCAGCUGUGGGCACAAAGAAAGUGGACGAGAAGGCAUUCUUUGACUUAAAAACCAGUCGUAGGACGUACAAUUUCUAUGCAUUAGAUGCAAAUAUGGCUCAGGAAUGGAUUGAAAAAAUCCAAGCUUGUCUGCAAUAAAGGAAGGAAGAAAAGAAAUCAAUAUGGAUGGUGAGUGUACAUAAUAACGUGUUAAAAGUAGGAUCAUUUCAAUUGUGGAGCAAAGGUAAGCACGCGUGAGGGGGAAGAAGAUCCCAGAAAAAAAACGGGGUAAGAAAAAUGAUAAAAUCAAACUUAAGGAUAUUAAAUGGUACAUAUAUAGUUAAAUUACUAUAAAUAGUAAAUAAUUAUAUUCUCACUGUAACUGUUUCCCUUUAUUGUGUGGAGGAAAAAAAAGAAAAAGAUUUAAGAAGAAAAAUCAUUGUAUUUCAAAGUUUUUGUUAAAAAAAGAAGAAAAAACUCAAAUAGUUUUAUUUCGCAUUUAUUUUUUACUAUUCAAUGUUAUUUAGAUGAAAAGAAACACUGAAAAAAUGAGAUUUUUUAGAUAGAAUGAAAAGCUUAUCAUUCGUUCCAUAUUUCUAUAUUAUAUAGAUUUAUUUAAAUGUCCUAUGUUUACUGUGAAUUAUUAUUAUAAAAAAAAGAUAAAUAAAUAAAUAAAGCAUUUUGCAUAAAUGAUAUUAAAAA